AUGAGUCGAAGUAGCUACAGUUAUGAAGAUGAGGAUGACUACGAGGUUCGCUACCAGAAACGUGGACCAUCUCCAGCAGCGGGCGUUCGUUAUGUCGCAAGCCCUCAGCGCCCCCCAAACUACUAUAACGCACCUCCGGGGCCCAGCUUCCUCGGAGCUGAUCGUCUCAAUGUCACAAGCAUACACCGAUCCAAUUCUCGCUCCCGUUCCCGGGACCACUCCCGAACAAGGGAACGUCGCGCUAGUAGCCCACCGGCUCCAGCACCCGUGAUUAUCACCAACAAAAUCUACAAUGAUUUGUCUUCUGAUGACGAGGAUGAUCGUCGCAAGCAAGUCUCACGGCAUUAUCGCCGACGGCGCUCUCGCUCUCGCUCAUCAUCGUCAUCAUCAUCCCGUUCUCGGUCUCGGUCGUCUUCAUAUAUGACUCGAGAAGAAUGGGAAGCCGAAAGGACUCGCAAAGAGCUCGAGGACUUACGCCUUGCCACGGCACGUGAGAAAGAUGAGCGGAAACUAGUCAAGCAAUUCCGUGAUGAGUGGGAGGCCGAACAAGCACGUAAGGAUCUAGAGAAGAACCGGCUCGCUAGCUCCCGUGAAAGAGACGAGCGACAGCGUGAAAAGGAUGAACGGAAGCUAGUCAAGGGAUACCGUGAAGAGUGGGAAGCGGAACGGUCCCGCAACGAGCUCGAGAAGAUGCAUCUUGCUCAUACUCGGGAGGAGGAAGAGCGGCGACGCCUGAGAGAGAUUCGAGACGAGGAAGAACUUAAGCAGGCCAAGCGCGAGCUAGAGCAGAUCAAGGGCCGCAAAGCCCGUGCAGAAGAGGAAGACAGGAUUAAAAAGGACAUUGAGCUGAGACGACUUAAGGAAGAAGACGAGGCCACAGAAGAGAGGCAACGUCGCGAGAAAGAGGCCAAUUCUGCCGUUGAGGAUUACAAGCGGAGAGAACUCGAACGUGUUACAAAGGAGAAGAAACUAAAGGAUCAGAAAGAGAAGGAGGCUGCCGAAGCCGUUGAACGCUACAAACAAGCGGAAAAGGAUCGCAUAGCAAAGGAGAAAGCCGAUAGAGAGGCCAAAGACAGGGAGUACCAAAAGCGUUUGAAAGAAGAUCUCAUCAAGUCCGGGCUCGAUGAUAAAGCUAUCGAAGCUAUCAUGAAGAAGGAAAAGAUCAAAAAGGAACAGUCUUUUUCUCGCCCUCAACAACAGCCUCAACACCACGGAAUGCCAGGACCAGCCCACCAAUACGCUCCAGUCAACCAAAUUGCUACUAUCCCUCCUCAAAUCACUACCAUGCCUCCUCAACAAGCCGGCCAAUACGCUCCGGUCAACCAAAUUGCCGCCAUCCCUCCUCACCAAUCCGGUCAGGUUGCUCGUCCAACUUACACACGCAUGGCUCGCCGCCACUUGUCCAUCGAGUCACUGCGCGAGUUUGGUGUUGAAUUCGAUUAUGAUGCGGAUACCGACUACGUACUGAUCCGACGCUGGGUGCCUGAAUGGGAACAGGACCGACUGUGGAAGCACACCAAGCUAGUCCGUGAGAAGCGGAGCAAGAUGCUCAUGGUCGAGGAGAAGAGACAUGGAAGAGAUGAGCCUGAUUUUGAGUGGGUGCGCAAAAAGUCAGAUAAGCACAGCCGUCGCAGGAGCAAAUCGCCUUCGCUUCUGAUGUAUUUGGCUGGCGUGCGCCCUGCGUAG